CGAAAUUGGAAUGGAGGGGAGGGAGGAGAAAUGGAUCGGCGGCAAGUUUUGCGGAAGCAUCUCGAGUUUCUGCCACCACCUCCAAAGCAGCUGCGACGCCCUCAUACAAUCCGCCGACCGCCGGCCCAUCCCCCUUGACUCGGCUUCGACUACGUUCAUGGAAUUUCUAAACCGGAGAAUAUCAUCCACCAGCACCGACCUCAACUUGCUGGAGUCCAUGUCCUGUGACACGGUGUCGUUUGAGGAGCUCCUCGGCCACUGCACCCAAGUCUACAACCACAACCAAAUUCACCUCCUUGCCCUCCAACAGCACCCCGUUUUUUCCACUUCCGCCAUCCAAAUCCCAUCAUCCGCUGCCACUGAUGAAGACCAAGAUGAAGAGGAAAAGGAUUCCGACGACGAUGAUUUAUCUUUAUCACCUCCUACGAGCAGCAGCAGCACAACCACCCUGCCUUUUCGUAGCAAAUUCCAAGAUGAUCCCUUGUUGGAUGAUACUCUCAGUUUAAAGAAUCUUGGACUUUCUGAUGUUUGUCUUGCUACCAUAGCAUCUGAUCAAGCUAAUAAUAGCAUUCACACUGCAAAGAUGUUUCAAGAAAGUGAAGGUGAAAUGAGAGAUGGAUUAACGUCGUCCAGGGAUUCUAAACCACGGAUAGUUGCGUCAAGAGAUGAUUAUGAAGGCCUCCCUAAACAUAUCAAGAGCUUGGCAUCCUGGGAGGAUCUUAUUGUUGCUGUCGAGAAGAUGAAUUCUUCCCUGGCAAAGAGGAGCAUGAAGGUGGACACAAUCCAACAAGAUGAGAUUUCGUUGUUAGGAUUAGGCCAUAAAGCAAAAGCUUAUUUGCUAUUGCUUAUAAAAAUGAAUUGCAUGGUCGUUGAGACGAUUGAUGGUGUGAUUACCUACAGAGUGCUGUAGACGGUAGACCACAGUCGUGGAGUAAAGCUUUAGAUCCGCAAAGGCUGCAAUGCUCCGACAGAUUAUGUUCUUCGGGUGCCACUAGUUUCAUCUCCUUUCUUUCCUUUACUCCGUCUUGCGACUUGGGUACUUUCCCUGGGUAACAUAAGUGGAGGCUCGUCACACAUUGUAGUCCAAUUUCCUUCCCCACUCGGAAUGUAAAUUCUUGGCACAUGCAACGCAAGAACUGAUCGAUUGCCGGUAGAAAAUUUCCCCUUAUGGUGUUGCUUUA